GUUUUGGUUGAUCCUUGACAACAUUUAUUUAGAGCCAACAAUGAUGGGUCUGACAUAUAGGACUGAACUUUUUCCUGGUAGGAGAGCAAAAUUAGUACAUCAUGAAUGUUAUUACAUUUUAAGAAACAAAAAUACAAGAUGACGAGCGGUUUCAAUCUAGAAUCGCUAUAAAUACAAUUAAUUAAAUGUUUACUUAUGAAACCAUACAAAGCACCUUAUCUUAGAUGAUGGUGUUUGUGAUGAAAGCCAAAGAUCUGUCCAUUCAUUUGAAAAGGUGAAAACCAAACCGCUUUAAAACACUCAAACUGUUAAAGGCUUUAAUUAACACAUUUAAGUACAUGACAUCUUUAGUUUGCACAUUAAUUUGAAAUAACUAACAAGUUAUAUAGGAGGUUCUUACAGGCAUAAACACAUACAAUGGGGUUAAUUAAAGAGAGCCAUGGUUAAGCAGUUAGAUUUACAUAUUUUACUGAGAUAAUCAUAUCAAUUAAGAGAUAUUAGUGGUAUUAAGUAAUUAAGUGUAGUAUAGGCUACUGUCUUAAAAAUAAUUCUCAUUCUUUCUUUCCCAAGAUUUUACAGACAAAAACACGACCUUGUUUAUUGUGAUAUAAACGAGACCACUUAGGGUGCGGCACCCAUCGACACAACCAGAAGCAGUAGGUUAAGAAAAACUAAUCUGUUCAACAAACUCUUCGUUUGUUUUGCUUGAAUUGCACCGUUCAGGUCUAUUUUAGCCCACAUUAUGCAACUAGUAACGUUAUCAUAAUGUGUUACAGUAUGAUUAGAUGAAGUGUCAGUAUCCCGUAAGUAUUGAAGCACUAGCUAGGGAAGUUCCUAAAGUCGCACUCACUUUGUAUUUAAAUAUAUUCUCGUGUUGUAUUCCAGACACUGUUUAGAAAAUCUGUUGAGCCUUUCUUUUGGUUAUUCCUCUGUUUUUGAACAUCUUUGACCAUUUGUUUGUUAAAAUUUCCCUUAGUAUCUCCCAGCGUUACUCUUAAAAGCUUGUUUAGUUUCCUUGUGUUUACACCGGAAGUCAUAGGCAUGACUACUUCCAUGGCAACCAGCGAGUCCCUGGCAACCACUGGAGAGCACAGGCCAGAAUAAUGGCAAAGAUAAUCGGAGACAAAAAAUCACUUUGGCAACAAGUGUGUGAAGAGUUUGAAGCUGAGCAGCCCAGUCCUCCCAAUGCCGUGUUGACAGAUUGCAGCUCAGUGAGCCCCCAGCUCUCCCAGUACAGCACCAGUACACACUUACCGGUCUUCUAUGGACUCACCACAGCCAAGGUCUUGGUGGGCGAUGAUCCUCUUCUUUGCCACCCUGCUCUCGCUGGCUGCUCUGUGUUAGGAAAACCUCAUCCUUCAAGCCAGAAGCGCCUGUCAACAGCUGAAACUGCAUCGCCUCCACAACUACCUGAACCUCCUGUCACACGUUUUUUGGAGAGGAGAGUGUUUCCAGUGUUGUUGCCUGGACUGGAGGCUUUACUGAAAGAAGCCCGGAAACGCGGCUGUUUCGAGAGGAAAACAACAGCAUUUAACCCGUGCGACUUCCUAACUGAGUGGCUCUACAACCACAACCCCCGCAGGCAAGGACAGGUCCCAGUGAACUUAUGUGACAUCCCCUUUGCAAAGGACUGGCUCAGCAUGCAUCCCAGGCCUCCCAUCCCUCUGUUUCUGCUGCUGAGUGAGGAUCAGGCUGCUCUGCUCAUCCAGGCUUUCUGGAGGGGAUACAAGAUUAGGGCACGCCCAGAUGUGCAGGAGCUGCGCCAGUGGCAGAAAGAACUGAGAGAGAACCAUGACAUUGCCAAAACUGUCGAGCAGUUCUGGGCCCGACGAGAAAGCCGAGUGGGCUCUGCCAUGACAGAUCUUCCAGAAAGCCCCCAGCUCGGCAACUCAGAUGUGUCCAUCCAAGUAGUUUCCCCCAGCCCCCAGAGCACCAUGGUCCACACCCCCACCACCCAGAUGACUCCUGAGGGAGGUGAGUGGCUGACCCCCAGCUUGCAAUGCGUGGAGAAAAUGGCCUCCACACCAUCACUGACUGGUUUCCUGGCUGUAUCCGAGCCUGGUGACAAAUCUCUGACUGCAGUAUCUCCGUCUUUACUAGGAACUCAAAACCUGAGAUAGAUGGUGGUACUAUUAAUUGAAAUCAUUAGCUCUGUGUACAAUGUGUUUCUGGUGUUUAAAGGCUAUUUAACUCUUUCAGGUUGAUGUCAAACUGACCAAAAUGAUAAGUCAAACAAGCCAUUAAAACGCCUGUAACCAAUUGGAUAUGGCCCAGCAGGGAUUUAUGGUCUGAGAUCCAUGUCUAAUUAGUUGAUUGCUUUCAUUGCCUUUUUGAUGGAUCACCUCCCUUCACGAGUCUCACCCAACAAAUGAACAGGAUAUAGUACGGUUCACAUAUUACACUGUCCGGAGUGAAGCCCCUCGUAACAAACUUCAUACUUUCUCUCAGUACCUCUAGCUGAUAGCUCACUGGAAGUUAACCAAAUCGUAUUUCCUUUGCCUUGUCAUUUCCUUUUUCCUUAGCAAUACAUAUCACUCCACAGAAGAGGUUAUAGCAUUUUCAUUCAAGCCAGGAACUGAGGUCAGAGUGAAAGGUGACUCUGCGUGCAAAGCAGCACUUUCUAUCCUGUUUAUCAGAAAAGGAAAUUACCCUGUCAGGGAAACAGAAUUUUUAAAAAAGUGUUUAAAAACAUCACUGAGAUCACUGGUGGGUGAUUGACAACUAUCUGACAGAGCAGCAAAAAGGAGUAUCCAAUAUUCCCCUUAGAGCUCACUAUUUUACAAGUGAUUAACGCUAAAUAUUUUUAACAUUAUUAUAUGUAUUUUAUUUUUCUUUGCCUAAUAUUUUCAGUAUCGUCUGUGAAUUUGCUUGUAUCUUUUGUACAUACUGUAUUUUAGUUAGAAUAUUUGUAUUACUACUUUAUUGUAUCAAUAAAGUAUUUCUGAUUCUGA